AUGCCGACCUUCAAAGGGAAAGCCAGCAGCCCUGCUCCCCCAAGACUGUUCUUUACCCAAGAGGAUCUAGAAAUGGUCAUACCCGGACACACUGAUGGUCUGGUGAUCACCGUUGUGCUAGUUAACUGCCAGGUCAAAAGAAUCUUCAUCGAUCACGGAAGCUGCGCGGACAUACUUUUCUGGAACGCUUUCCAAAGGAUGAACUUGGAUGAAAAAGACUUGAAACCAUGCGCCACCAAGUUAAUUGGAUUCAACGGAGAGCCAUCCCCUCCAAAGGGUUAUAUAGACCUAAAGCUGACUUUAGGAACGAAGGACGCUUUCCGAGCUGGAAGGGUUCGGUUUGUCGUAGUAGACACUCCUUCUUUGUACAACGUGAUCAUUGGCCGACCUAUAAUUCAUGACUGGGACAUGUUAAUCUCCACCAAGCAUCAAGCACUGAAGAUGUCGGGGGCAAAGAACAAGGUCAUCAUCUUGCUACUAUGA